ACAUGAAUUUACGGUGCUGUGUAAGGGCAAAUGGCUGUUCAGUGAUGCCUUGUUUCAGAAACAUUCGCAAUGGCAGCCGCCAAGGAGGUGCAAGAGGCUGCUGCUACGGGUGCUGGGGAAGGGGCCACGGUGACUCUGGUGGCCGGGGACACGCGGCUGGAGGCGCACAGGGCCGUCCUGGCAGGCAGGAGCCCCGUGUUCGCCGCCAUGCUCUGCCAGGACACGCCGGAGGCCAGCAGCAGUGUGGUCACAAUCCCCGGCGUGGAGGGCCCGGUGCUGCACCAGCUGCUGGCCUACAUGUACUCCCUCCGUGCUCCCGAGGUGCCCCGCAUGGCCCCACAACUCCUGGCAGCUGCAGACAGGUACGGCGUGUGGGGGCUGAAGGUCCAGUGUGAGGAGCAGCUGGCCAGUCAGCUGUCAGCAGAGAACGCGGCGCGCACGGCGGUGCUGGCAGUGAGGCACUCCUGUCCCAGCCUCGCUGAGGUCGCUGUCGCCUUCAUAAAAGCCAACUCGCUGGUGUUUGCCACAGCGGGUUGGGCCGAUGCGGUCCUCAACCACCCUGAUGAGGUGGUCAAAGUGAGUCAGUUGCUCGGUGGGCCACUAACAGAAACCAGGAGCCUUCCUGGAAAGAAGAUUAGCCGAGGACUGAUCCAGGCAGCUAAGGGGGGGGCGGUGGAGGAGCUCAGGGUGCUUCUUGCGACAGGGGCGAAAGUGGGGGCGAGGGACGAGGACAUGUGA